AUGGCUAGUUUCUUGUUGAUUGCUCUUCUCGCUACUCCAGCUCUUGGAUGCAUCGGUGGUCUUGGUGGAGGAGGUGGUUGCUGCCAACCAUCUCAGCCAGCUUGUGCUAACCCAUGUGGUGGAGCUUCUGCUGCUGCUUACGCUGCCCCAGCCGCUGGAUACCCAAGAGCUCCAGUCGGAUAUGCUGCCCCACCCCCACCACCACCACCAGCUUUCGGAGGACUCGGAGGAGCUUCCUACCCAUCUGCCGGAGCCGGAGCCGGAGGACAAUAUGAUACCGGAAUCCACGGAGGAGCCGCUCAAGGAGGAUACGCUGGAGCUCAAGGAGCCCAAGGAGGAUACGCUGGAGCCCAAGGAGCCCAAGGAGGAUACGCCGGAGCUGCUCAAGGAGCUCAAGGAGGAUACGCUGGAGCCGCCGUUCAAGGAGGGCAAGGAGGAUACGCUGGAGCCGUCCAAGGAGGACAAAUCGCUUCCCAAGGAUACGCCGGAGCCGGAGCUCCAGUCUCUGCCGGAGGAGCUUACAACCAAGGACCAGCCGCCGUGAACGGAGGAUACACUUCUCAACAACAAGGAGGAGCCGUCGCCCCAGCCGGAUACGAACAAGGACCAGCCGCCGUUCACGUUGAUGCCACCUCUGUCACUUCCGAGGGAACCGUCUCUCAACAAGGAGGAUCCUCUGCCGCUGGAGGAUACGGAGAGGAGACCGGGGCCUCAUCUGUUGCUGAGCAAACUAACACCGUUGUCCAAACCGGAGAGACCGCCGAGGAGGGAUAUGGAGCUCAAGGAGGAUCUGCCCCAGCCACUGGAUCUGAAGCCGAGGAGACCGAGAUUGUCGCUGUUGCCACUUCUGCCCCAGCCCCAGCUCCAACCUACGAGAAUGUUCAACCAGCUCCAGUUGCCCCAACCACCAAUGUCGAGGAGACCCACGAAGAGACCCACGUUGAGGAGCCACAUGUUGAGGAGACCCACGAGGAGCCAGCCCCAGCCCCAGUUCCAGUUGCCACCUCUGCCCCAGUUGUCGAGCCAGUCACCGAGGUUACUAAUGAACAAGAAUAUGAAGAGGAAAUUGUUGAGCCAGCUGAGCCACAAGUUGUUGAGCCAGUUCCAGAGCCACAAGUUGUCGAACCAGCACCACAACCACAUGUUGAACCAGUUCAACCAGCCCCACAAGUCACUGAACCACAAGUUGUCGAGCCACAAGUAGUUGUUGAACAACCACAACCAGCUGCACCAGCACCAGAGACUUUCGAAACCUCUGCCCCAGUUGCACCACAAGUCACUGAGUACCCAGUCCAACAGACUGAGGCUCCAGCUGUCGAAGAGGUAUACGAAGAAGAAACCGAUGCACCAGUCGCCGCACCAUCUCAACCAUCGGAAUCUUCUUCUUUUGAAGAGGUUACCGCUGAAGAGACUGCACCACAACCACCACAACCAGCCCCUUAUGUUCCACCAGCACCAACUUUCACUGAGCAAAAGCCAGGAUACGAGCAAACUGCCCCAGCUGUUGAGACCAAGGAAGAGUCCUACGAUGAUGAGCAACCAGCCGAGGAGACCCACGUCGAGCCAGAGCAACCAGCUGCCGGAGGAGGAUACUCUGCCACUGAAGCCCCAGCUAAGCCAGACGGUGGAUACCGUACUCACUAA